UGGAAAAUUAGCGGAUAUUGUAUUCCAUCAAUUCCAGGGUUUCAAAUGGCCCUUUAUUGCUCUCUCGGUAAUUCGCCAAUUUCAUCCAAUAGAGUUCCAAGAAACUUUGCUAAUCAAACGCCCUUUUUAGCGAAAUCCUUAAUUCCCAUGAAAUCCGCCUUUGAAAAAUCAAGAAUUUCUACUUUUGCCCCGACCAUUUUAUGUAAUGCAUUCAUUCAGAAACCUCUCUGCUGUUCGAGCUCGAACCUUUCAAAUGGACCUGAUAAACUUGACCCCCCAACAACCAUAAUCUUUAUAAAAGGACUAGCGCAAUCAACCUCUGAAGGGGGGUUGAAAACAGCAUUUUCACGAUUUGGAGGAGUCAGUCGAGUAAAAAUCAUAAUGGAUAAGAAAACCAAGCAACCUGUGGGAUUUGCUUAUGUUUGGUUUACAAGAGAAGAGUUUGCACAAACUGCUGUGGAAGAGAUGAAUGGAAAGUUUUUCAAUGGCAAGUUCAUUUAUGUUACCCUUGCAAAGCCUGGAUCUUGCAAACCUCGUGCUAAGGCGAAGCCUUACAAAUUCUAGGAAAUAUGUUCUCUCUCAUGUACGAAAUGUUUUGUAAGGUGGAUCAAAUAGUAUUGGACAGUAUUGUUGUAAAAAAUUGGGCGGUCCAUUCCAUGUAGUCGGUUUGCCUUACCAGAUUGCUGAAACUCCAUUGCUGUUCUCAAACUUGGAAAAGUUCUUGGUUUUGGACUUGGGAUGAACUGCACUUGCCAAUUCAGAUGUUUAUGAGCCACUACUGAAAAGCUAGAUGUAACACCCAACAUUGAGCAAAGUUUCAUAUCCACUCAACCUUUUUAGCGCCUGUUUGGAUCCAUUAAACUAGAAUUAAAAGAUAAAAUAUGACCGUUUGACACAAUAAAAUAUCAUUUGUUUAUUCAUGUACUCUUAACUCCUUUCGGAAAAGUAUUGUACCCACUAGUCAUUGUCUAGAACUAUUGCUGACAAUGCCAUGAAUUCAUUUCCUCCCUCAGUUGCAUAAAGGGGCAUUAUGGACUUUUAGAAUAUUCUAUGA